UACAUUAAUUAUAAAGAAAGAUACAAACUGACUGUAACGCAUGUUCUGAUCGCCUUUUUAUCAUGUUUCGCUUUGGUCGCAGUUCAAAUCUCCAACUUAUUAAAUCUCUUUGAAACAAUUCAAUUCAAUUUAGUUAACAGGAGACCAGUUGGGGAGCACAAGUGCCAGAACCGAAGAUCAUUUACUCCUCUGUGCUCCUGUAGUGGUGCGUUUUGGUAGAAAUUUACGGCCUAGAUCAUAUGCGAAUGUCUCACACUUCAAAUUGGUGUCUCGCUUGACAGGCUAGAGCCUAAUAUGGGAGAAUCGGAAGGUCAUUUGGCACCUGUGCCUAUAUAUAUUGUCACUGAGGCAUCACAACUUCCAUGUUCGUUUCUCGAACCGUCACCUCUGAACGAAUUGGUCAUUGGUUUUGAUUGUGAGGGUGUUGACCUAGCUCGAUAUGGACGUCUUUGCAUCAUGCAGCUUGCAUUUGAGGACGCAAUUUAUCUAGUUGAUGCAGUUGAGGGUGGAGACCCACUUAUGCAGGCCUGCAAGCCUGCUCUGGAAUCCGUUCAUGUUACGAAAGUUGUUCAUGACUGCAAACGUGACAGUGAGGCAUUGUAUUUCCAGUAUGGGAUCAAAUUAGAUAAUGUAGUUGAUACUCAGAUUGCAUAUUCACUGAUUGAGGAACAAGGGGGAAGAAAGUGGGCUCCUGAUGACCACAUAUCAUUUGUUGGCCUUCUAGCAGAUCCACAGUAUUGUGGUGUGUCAUAUGCUGAAAAGGAGGAAGUCCGGAUUCUACUUAGAAAGGAUCCACAAUUUUGGGCAAGCAGACCCUUGACAGAAAUGAUGAAAAGAGCAGCUGCAGAUGAUGUACGCUUUCUUCUUCAGAUUUAUCAUAAAAUGAUGGGAAAAUUAGAUCAACGUUCUCUAUGGCAACUUGCUGUGAGAGGAUCUCUUUAUUCUCGUUGUUUCUGUGUGAAUGAUAAUGACUUCAAAGAUUGGCCACCUCUUCCGUCUUUACCAGAUAAUCUGAUCGCAGAAGGAGAAAUCCUUGAAGAAGAAGUUCUUUCUGUCAUACAUGUUCCAAAUGGGAAAAUGGGAAGAGUAAUUGGAAAAAAAGGUGCAUCAAUUUUGGCGGUUAAAGAAUGCUGCAAGGCUGAAAUUUUUAUUGGAGGUGCUAAAGGCCCACCAGACAAGGUAUUUGUUGUUGGAGCCAUGAAGGAGGUCCGCAAAGCAGAAGCAAUCAUCCGGGGAAAGAUGCUUUGAUAUUACAUUAUUAAGAGGAUGUAAAUUGUAUCAUUGCUUUUCAAGGAUAAUUAUGCAACAGAGAAGCAUUAAAUAAACUCUAAAUGAGUGUGUGUGGGAGCUCCUCCAUGAAUGUUUGGGUAGGGUAGCUACUUGUUUACAGUUCCUCGGACAGCUACUUGUCUGUUAUAUCAAGAUGUCCUUCCUGGCAUUCUUUUUAGGUUAGUUUGUACAUGAAAAAAUCAUAAGAACCUUGUUCUUUCAGUUCUUGUCUGCAUCUAUCUGAAAUAAGUUUAUUUGCUUUUUUAUCUUCUUUGAAAGGGAGAGUCUUCUUGGUCAAAGAACUUUCAUUCCAUGUAUUUGACAAUGGCUCUUCUGCUGUAGAACUAAUGAUCAAAUGCAAAGCUAUGCCUGUGACUAUAUUAUAUUA